GGUCAUCAUGAGUAGUGAAAUCAACUGCAUUGCUUUAAUUGGAAAACAAAACAAUCCCCUCUACAUCAAAAACUUUAGCAACACUCAUCCUGACUUGAAAUAUCAUUACAUUGCACACACCUCAAUCGAUGUCAUUGAAGAAAGAGUAUCCAAUGGACCUAAGAACCUAGACUUGUACAUCGGUCUUUUAUAUGCUAUGGAGGAUCUGGCAGUAUAUGGAUACAUUACCAAUACACGUGUCAAGUGUGUUGUAGUGGUCUCUGUAACGGAUUGUGUUAUUCGCGACGCAGACAUGAAACUGAUAUUUCAAAAAGUGCAUGCUGCCUAUGUGAACCAAGUCUGUAAUCCUUUUUACAACCUUGAUUCUCAAAAGUCUUUGACCAGCAAAGCAUUUAUACGUGCUAUUGAUGCCAUUGGAUUAACUAAACCCACAAGAACAACAUUGGAUAUCUAGUGUGUAUAUAUAUAGAGAGAGAGAGAUAAAAGGAAGCAAGCAAGCAAGAUUAUCCCGCAUCUUCCUUUAUCUUUUUCCCACUUCUUUUUUUUUGCUUUUUCUUUUUGACAAAAAACAUGACAAGAUUGCUAUUAUAUAUUGUUUUAUUUUGUUUUAUUCUUCUAAUUGAUAACUAUUAGUUGGUCUCUUCUUGCUUUAAUUUCUCUUGCUGUUUUUCCUGACCACCCAAGCUAAAAAAGCGAUGUAUUAAUAUCAAUAUAUGUUCUUU